CUUCCCGUGACAUCGCAGACAACGCUCGCUUCCGUCACUGUUCUAUAAAACACUUCAUACUAUAAUACAAACAUAAAACAUACUCUUAUACAGGUCAAUAUAGACUUUAAGCGGCUUGAAAUAAGUCUAACACAUGCGCAGUACAACUUUGCUUACUCAUAUUCAACUAAACAAUCUAUUUUCAGUCGUAAAUGUGAUAUAUAAGGUUGAAUUUAGUUUAAAUGGGGUAGAAAAGGUUGUAUAUGUGUGAGGGCACGCCGCGCAGCCGCCCGGCAGUACUCCCCGGGCGCCGAAGCCGCUUGCCGUGCUUAUCCACAGUGAAAACCUUUAAAAAAACACCCUAAGUCAAUUUUCGCCUUCCAUUUACACCCAAAAACACCUAACGUGCCCCUUUAAAAACAAUAAAAAAAACUAAAAAAUAUAAAAUUGUAAAAAAAGGCCCUUUAAAACGCUUAAUUUGAUAGUUAACUGUGUAUGAAAACAGUUUAAAGUUGAAAUGUGUGUUCAGUGAAACGUCAGAAGCGCGAAACCUUUGGCAGUGUCUGCGUUACAUAACUGUUCCGGGCAAGAUCGAUACCCUGGGCGUAUUAAUAGCGACCUACGGUUGAGAACAGCUGGCCGGCCGCCAGCAUGCAGACCACGAGGAUGCGGCGGCCGCGGCGGCACCGCUGGCUGACGGUGUCUGUAUUCUUCAUCGCGUACUCCGUCGGCCAGGCCCUCAUGAGCUCGCCUGGAGACGCGCCAAAAGAGGGCUCCACGCUGCCCGAACCAACUCCCACGAUACUCACGUCACCAAAAAAAGAAACGGACUUUACCAAGGAAACCAGUCCAAAAGAAACAGAACCAACUCCCGCUGGUGAGAAAGAGAAAGUGCCAGAGGAAGAGGAAGACAAGGGGAGGAAGAAGUUGCUGAAAGGGACCACGGAGCCCGACGAGGAAGAUGAGGGAGAGAAGAAGAAGCAGAAGGACGCCGGGUACGAGCCCUCGAAUGCAGUGCCGACGGUCCACCCCUUGAGGAACUGUACUCCUCCUGCUAUCGAGCAGUUCCCUCGGCCACUGAUGGGGCAAAACGCGCGCAAGCAUGGAGGCCUGAUAUUACACGUGCUGGUGGCUGUGUUCACAUUUAUCGGACUCGCUAUCGUGUGCGACGAGUACUUCGUGUCCAGUCUUGACAGGAUCUGUGAAGAGCUAAAGCUGGCGCCCGACGUGGCUGGCGCCACGUUCAUGGCGGCCGGCAGCUCGGCGCCCGAGCUCGCCACCGUCGUCAUUGGCGUCUUCUGUGCGCAGGACGAUAUCGGCGUGUCAGGCGUGAUCGGGUCCGCAGUGUUCAACAUAAUGUUCGUGAUAUCGGUGUGCGCGCUGUGCGCCGGCACCGUGUCGCAUCUCAAUUGGUGGCCGCUGUGCCGCGAUUGCUUCUUCUAUGCCGUCUCUAUACUGGUCAUGCUGUGCACCAUCGCCAAUGGAUACGUCUCUUGGCCCGAAGCGCUGUUCAUGCUGAUAAUGUACGGCGUGUACUGCGUGGCUCUGCGGUUCAACAGCGAGCUGGAGCGUUGGGUUUUGACCAAGAAGCUGCCGUUCAAGCUGCCAACACGGGAGGAGCAGGCUGCACUCGUCACAUACAAGAGCGCGGCUGGGGCGGCGGCGGCCAAACCCGCGGGUGACGAAUACACGCAGAUGGAGGGACAGACCAAGGAGACCGCCCUGCAGAACCCCCCACCAUACAACCCGGACGCCGCAUACGACAACGCAGCAUACAACGCUGACCCUGCUGCCCAAGCGUGGGACCCCAACUCCACCUGGGACCCUAACAGCUCUUGGAGUAACCAGUCCCAGCAACCGGCGGCGCCUGCUAGCAGCUGGGGCGAUACGUACAACUCUCAGCCGCAGCAGCAACAGCAACAACAACCUGACUCCGCCGCUCAAACGCCAGGGCAGCAGCCACAGCAACCAGCGCAGGCGAGGCCCGCAGCCCCGGCGUACUACAAGGCUAAGGAGUACAACCCGGAGACCGCCAUUAACCCGCUAAUAAAGCCCAUCGGAGCAAACCACUUCCAACUAGCGGCUUGGUACGUGGCGUACCCGGUGCACUGGUCCUGCCGGCACACCAUGCCCGAUUGCCGCGGCCGCUGGUACCCCAUCACCUUCCUCAUGUCCAUGCUAUGGAUCUCCUUUUACUCCUACUUCAUGGUGUGGAUGAUCACCAUCAUCGGCUACACCCUGGGCAUCCCGGACACGGUGAUGGGGCUGACGUUCGUGGCCGCGGGCGUCUCCGUGCCCGACGCGCUUUCCUCCCUCGCCGUCAUCAAGGAGGGGUACGGCGACAUGGCGGUCUCGAACGCAGUGGGGUCCAACGUGUUCGACAUCCUGGUGUGCCUCGGCCUCCCCUGGUUCAUCCAGACAGCCAUCAUCCAGCCCGGCUCACACGUCAACGUCAUCAGCAAAGGUCUCGUCUAUUCUACCUUCUCUCUCUUCUCGACCGUGAUCUUCCUGAUCGUGGCCACCCACGCCAACGGCUGGAAGCUGGACAGGAAAUACGGCAUUGUCCUGAUGAUAUGGUACCUCCUCUUCAUCACCUUCGCCAGUCUGUACGAGCUCAACAUCUUCGGGAACUUCAACCCGCCUGACUGUGACUCUUUCUAUUAAAUUGUCUAUGGUAAGUGACCUUGGUCUUAAAUAGGCUAUGCGUCCGUGUUGCCAGUUUUUUAAAACUAUAGAGUUUAGUUCGAUGUUGAAAUGUAUUCUUAAGCUCACCACAGUUGUGUCGGAAUUCAGGUAGCAAUCUCUAUUCUUCGCUCUCUUCUGAAGUAUUUCAAUUUGUUAGUUCGUUAAAAUCUCGAGAGGGUGAAUGAAAUGACAGAUUUUAAAGAACUGACAAAUCAUUCUGGAUAAUCAGACAGAACCAUAGACAUUUGGACCCGAAUUCGGUCGGGUCUGCGUUGAGCCUUAAAUAGCUGUUCUCUUCUAUUUUACGUAUGUUGGCUAUGAAAUCUUUGUAGAUACUAUUUUUGUGACUAUCACAAACUUUAUGCUGGUAAAUGUAUAACAUAUUAUAUAUACUAAGUUUUCUACUACAUAAUACCAUUGUCUUAUGAUGAGUAAAACAUCGAUGUUGUUCUCGCUAUAUGUAAAUUAUAUUUUAUGUUUAAGCGUUCAACCUUCUAUCUAAUUCUA